CCCUUGAAUGAGUUCACGAAGCUCUCGGAGAAGCCCACGAAUGAUUCGGAAUGACAUACGCCAUAUGCUCAUCCAUUGUCAGCGUGCGAGCAGUGAUAGACCAUUCACUCUUCUGUGUUCCGUAUCAUCGCUUCUCGAAGUCCGACGGAGUCUUGGCAUUUGCCAGAUAUGAAACGCCGAUGCUCAUUACUGACCAUAGUUUCACCUUCGGUAUAUUUCCCAGUCAAACGCUCAAGAUGGAAAGUAUAAAGAACCGCACAACUUACUGACUUGACAGGCCGCCAAACCAGUAGGGGAUUUUCCAGCGAUGCUCACUCAACUCCUCUUUGCCACUUUGUUCCUUGCCUCCACUGUGUUGACGAAUCCCAUUGUCGGUCGGGGAAAAUCCGUCACGCUGUCCUUCGCCAGACACUUAAACUUCACCGGGACAGUCAACAUAUUACAGAAGGAUCAAGCUCGAGCUCACGAACUCAAGACUAAACAACGCAAUAUACUCCAUGACAAGAUACCGACUAGCGCAGCAUUUGGUAUUCCUGCUACCAACCAGGCUGUCGACUAUGUUGUCAACGUUGGUGUUGGCAACCCGCCGACCCAAUACAGCCUUCUUGUCGACACUGGUAGCUCGAACACCUGGCUGGGCGCAGGUGCAUCGUAUGUCAUUACAGAUACUUCAAUCGACACUGGAGAUCUUGUGUUCGUCGAAUAUGGCUCAGGUCUCUUUAUAGGGGAGGAGUUCCUUGAUCAGGUGACACUUGCCCCGGACUUUGUCAUUUCGAAUCAGUCCAUCGGCGUUGCAGAGCUUGCACUGGGAUUCGAUGGCGUCGAUGGUAUUCUCGGGAUCGGGCCUCAAGACCUAACUGUCGGAACGCUCUCUCCUGACUCUGAUGCCGCCAUUCCGACCGUUACGGACAACGCCGUUACCCAAGGAUUGAUUGACACUGGCCUAGUCGGGGUCUCUUUUGAACCUACCAACUCCUUGAGUGUUACCAAUGGUGAAAUAAGUUUUGGUGCCGUCGAUGACUCAAAGUACACCGGGUCAAUUCAAUAUACCCCAAUCACCGCUACUUCUCCAGCAAGCUUCUACGUCGGCAUAGAUCAGUCGAUAAGUUAUGGCUCCGAUUCCAUCCCAAUUCUCAAUAGCACGGCUGGAAUCACAGAUACUGGGACUACGCUUAUCCUCAUUGCCUCGGAUGCCAUCGCUCAGUAUCAGCAAGUGACUGGUGCCGUACCUGAUUCUUCCACUGGUCUGCUUCGUAUCACCCCCGCGCAGUACGACUCCCUUGAAAGCUUAUUCUUCAACAUCGGUGGUGAAUCUUACGAACUCAUUCCCAAUGCCCAAAUUUGGCCUCGUAUACUAAACACAGCCAUUGGGGGUACCAAUGAUUUCGUCUAUCUUAUUGUAGCCGAUAUCGGUUCCCUCUCCGGAGAAGGACUCGAUUUUAUCGAUGGUAUGACGUUCCUUGAACGCUUCUACUCCGCGUUCGAUUCGGAAAACAAUCAAUUCGGGCUCGCUACGACCACAUUCACCAACGCCAUCACAAAUUGAAUCGUCUCGAUUGCAUCAUGCUUGUUGAGCGACAUGUGGAAGGAAGAUGGCAUGACUCGCUGGCAGAUCCUCAAACAAGGGCUGCAAUUAUCAUAAUAGAAGAAUCUUAUUCAGGCUGCAAACUUUCUGAGAUUGUAGCAGUAUACACAAUUUCCAAUCCCCAAGGAUUAUUUCCAACUCGACAAGGAUAUGGGAUGCAUCGGGUCAGGCCCCCCCGUCCCCAGACUCCCGGAAGACGUACAGUAUCCCAUGUCGUCGAAACCAUCCGGUUCAGAGGACAUAUAGUCGACACGGUCAGAAUACGGUACGGCUGGACGUCUCUGCAUAUACUUACAUCUUCCGACACAACAAGCGAUCUCAAGUUAACUCACCACCGUGGACUGCCAGGGAAUUCGGAUAUUUACAAAUACAACAAGUGAAAACCAUGCAACUUGUCAGUGCAGAGCACAGAUGGAAUGAAAUGAAGCCAGGGGAGUGGGGAUGUGCGGGGGCCUCAUAAUGACUUCCGUCUUAAGCAACAGCUUUGGUAUGUAAAAUGUUUACUAGACGUUGCAAGAAGAGAGAAGAUUAUAACGUGG